AUGAAACCUAAAGAUGAAAAAGUGCAACUUAUUUUACCUAAUGGAGAACCUCAUGAACCCCAGAAAAAAAUUAAAUUGCUUGGAAUCACUUUGAGCGAUCUGCUUGAUUUUAAAUCUCAUAUUUUGAAUAAAAUCAAUAAAGCAAGAAAGGCUGUUGGUGCUAUUUGGCAUCUUGGUGGCGUGCAAAAAGGUAUGCGGGGUUCUGCAGUCAGAUCACUAUAUAUUGCUUGCGUAAGACCAAUUGUGGAAUAUGGCUUAGAAAUUUGGCAUCAUAAAAUCGUGAAGGAAGAAAUCCACAAGUUGAAAGUAAUGCUGAAUAUGGCUUUGAGAAGAAUUGUUAGUGUUUAUCGCACAACUAUUAUUGCAGUAUUGGAAAAGGAAGCUGGUAUGAUGCCAUAUAUAUUUGACAGGGAUGGUGAAGGGAGUACUACUAUCAAUUCCGAUACCAAUUUUAAUAGAGAAAUGAAUAAUAGGAUUGAUCAUAAUAGAGAUGACGGUGAUAACAGGAAUAUUAACGCUCGCGCCAAUGUCGAUGGCAACGCAAGCGGCCACAAUAUUGUGAGAAUGGACAAAGAAGUAACUAAGAAAUAA